AUGGAGGUGGGAACUCAGAUCACGGCUGAUGUGACCAUGGGAAGGUGGAGGCUUUGUGGAUGGAGGCUGGGGCGGAGCAAGGCCGAAGAUGGAGGAGAGGCUGCUGCCAAGAGGGAGGAGGGAGGCGCAAACGAUGGCAUCACGUGGGGAGGAGUGACGGAGGAGGUGAAGAGGGUGGGGAGCAUAGCGGCGCCGAUGGUGGUGGUCACGUCGUCGCAGUACUUCCUCCAGAUGGUCUGCGUCAUGAUGGUCAGCCACCUCGGCGAGCUCUCCCUCUCCAGCACCGCCAUCGCCAUCUCCCUCGCCGGCGUCUCCGGCUUCAGCCUCCUCCUUGGCAUGGCCACUGCCCUGGAAACGCUGUGCGGACAAGCCUACGGAGCUCGACAAUACCAGAAGCUCGGAACACAAACAUACACGGCGAUCUUCUCUCUGACCUUAGUGUGUCCGCUUUCUUUUCUCUGGUUCAACAUGGGCAAACUCCUCCUGUUGAUGGGCCAAGACCCGCUGAUCUCACGUGAGGCGGGUAGGUUCAUAGUGUGGCUUGUCCCUGCGCUCUUGGCAUACGCGGCUCAGCCACUGGUCCGUUACUUCCAGACCCAGAGCCUCACCACUCCGAUGCUCAUAGGCUCCAGUGCCACGCUCUGCUUACAUGUGCCUCUCUGUUGGGUGCUCGUGUUCAAGUCUGGGCUACAUAACCUUGGAGCCGCAUUGGCAUUGGGAAUUUCUUAUUGGUUGAAUGUGACAUUUCUCGUGCUGUACAUGACGUUCUCUAGUGCUUGCCAGAAGACACGUGCACCGGUGUCAAUGGAGAUAUUCCGAGGCAUUCCGGAGUUUUUCCGUUUCGCUGUUCCAUCAGCUGUCAUGAUAUGCCUUGAAUGGUGGUCAUUUGAGCUGCUCAUCCUGCUUUCUGGGCUUCUACCGAAUCCACAGCUUGAAACUUCAGUUCUCUCUGUGUGUCUCGGGACGAUAUCAUCACUUUACGCAAUACCAUUUUGCAAUUGGAGCUGCUGGAAGGUUUCACGAGUGUCCAAUGAAUUGGGAGCAGGAAACGCGCAGGCAGCUCGUGUAGCUGUCUAUGCAGUAUUGCUUAUAGCAAUCACCGAAACAAGCAUUACGAGCACAGUCUUAUUUGCAACUCGUAAAGUCUUCGGUUACGCCUUCAGCAACGAAAAGGAAGUCGUGGACUACGUUACAAAGAUGUCUCCUCUUGUUUGCCUGUCCGUCAUUAUAGACAGCUUACAAGGUGUCCUUUCAGGUAUUGCGAGAGGAUGCGGAUGGCAACACAUUGGAGCUUAUGUGAACCUGGGGGCAUUCUAUCUGUGUGGAAUUCCAGUUGCUGCAACAUUGGGAUUUUGGGUGGGAUUGAGAGGGGGACUUUGGAUAGGGAUUCAAGUGGGUGCUAUUGUGCAGACAUCGUUGCUCUCAAUCGUGACCUGUUGCACAAAUUGGGAAAAGCUGGCAAGGAAAGCAAGGAGAGAAUAUUUGACGGAAGCUUUUCAGCCGAUAAUGGAUCGAUUAUCUGAGCUCAAGCAGACUUGCAACUGA